AUCAUAGAGGAGGCUGAUGUCUAUGGGCAUAUUCCUGUCUAUGGGCAUUUCCACUAGAUUUUUGUAGCAGGACAAUUGGCCGCUGUUCAUUUAAAAUGGGAGAUUCCGAGGGCGAGUUCAGUUUUCUGCCAGUUUCAGAGAUCAAAAGGGAAGUGUCUGUAAAAGAAGAAAUUCAAGACGAGUUUCUCGACGAUGAUGAGUUAAGUGGAAUCAAGACAGAAUCGAUUGAAAACUCUGCUGAGACAAAAUGCGGUAGUAUUUUAGUGUCACCUGGGCGGACUUUCAUUUUCGUAUGCGAGAUGUGUGGUGAUCGCUUCCCUGAUAUGGAUACCUUUGGUAACCACUUGGUGCAGACCCAUUUGAACUAUGACGCCCGCAAUGAAACUACAUUUAAGGAGGAUAUAGACUUGGAUGCUACAGAGUCGUGUAAUGCUGAAAGUGUAAAGGAAGGCGGUGCAACUACGUCGGGUGUUGUCCAAAGUGCAAGGAAGAAAAGAGACGCGUACGCAGUUAUAUCAAGGCAGCAGAAAGAACUUUUUAUAAAGUUAAUUCAAGACGGUCAUACCAUCAAAGCCGCCGCGCAAAUUUCCAAUCUAAACGCUCAUACUGGCUACAGUGUAUAUCGAAAUUAUAUAUCUCAAAAGUCCACGUUGGUAUUCAAAAAAAGAGGCGGUUCUCGGCUGCACAAGCUGACCCCUGAGGUUCUUGCCACUGUUGAAGAAAUCAGUGAAAGGAACACGGGUCUAUCAUUAAAAGAAAUCAAAGAACAACUUGCACUACGCAACAUGCAUUUGUCUAUUUCUUCAAUUCAGCGAGGACUAUCGUUGUUGAAGAUAACUUUGAAGCGAGCCCCCAUUAAGCUGAAUCGGAUGAACUCUGAGUUCGCUUUACAACAACGAAGACAGUUUGCAAUUGACUUUGAGACUUGGGUCCCCCAAAAUCGAGCGAAACUGAUUUUUGUAGAUGAAGCAGAUUUCAAUCUCCAUUUACCGGGGAUGCGUACCCGAUCCCGGCUUGACAUGACUACCGUUGAUAAUGCACGAAUAGUUCGUGAUCGCAAUAUAGCCCUUAUUCUCGCUAUGAAUAAUCAGCAAGUGGUGCAUACCUCUGUCAUUGCUGAUGGAAAUUGCAAUAGCAAUUUAUUUUGCGAUUUUCUCAAUGCUCUUUGUGGGAAACUUAACGCAAUGGAACUUUACAACUCGAUUCUGGUUAUGAAUGACACAGCCUUUUACAGGGCCCAAGAUGUACGCGAGGCUGUAGAAUCGUUUUCUCACACUAUCAAGUACCUGCCUCCAGAUUCGCCGAUGUUGAACCCGACUGAGCACGCUUUUUACAAAAUAAAGGCAUCAGCCAGAAGGAUUUUGGAGGAGGAGACUGCCGAAUAUGAUGUUGUGGAUGUAAUAAGUUGUAGUGCCAACAAUAUAGAUGCUACCGAUUGCUCCAGCUUCGUCGCCGAUGUGAUGCUGGAAUUACAAACUGUGCACGGUAAAUGAAACUCUCACUUAGCUUCUGUUCUCAUUCUUGGCAAUAAAUGUCGCUAUCUGGCAGUAUUAUGACUAUGUAAGUGUAAUUAUGUAAAUAUAUUAA